UCCAUACAUAGUGAAUAUGAAUUACGCUGCCAUUUCCGCGUGGUCUUCUGCUUGCUUGUAAACCAAUCCAUUUCCAUUUGCAGAGCCAGAAAUUCUGACUCUGGAACGUAAACAUAUUUCUUGAAUAUUUUUCCUGUUACAACUAUCAUUAAUCAGCUUAAAGAAAAGUAUAAUUUAUGACUACUAUGAAUGUGACCUAUUAGAACUAUGAUAACGGAAGAAUACAAACUAAAAGAUUCGUGUGGACACUUGGUUCAUGAAUGUAAUUAUAUGUAUGGCUCCUGUUCCAAGCAAAUAAUCAACAAAGAUGAUGUGGCUAGUUAAUAAUAUUACAAUUAUUAUUAGUGAUGGAAUACUUGUGAGAAAAUCGAAGACAUUGUAAAGUAUUAAUUUACUCAGUUAUGGAUUAUUUGAAUUCUCAUUAUCAAACUACCGGAUUAUUUAUUUUCAAAUUAUUUUCAGUUUCUUUCUGAAUUUUUGUUAGAUUAUGUGUUGCAAUGAGCUUCAUGUCAGAAUUUUACAUUAUUACUGUAAAAUGUUUUUCGUCAACUUUUCUCCAUUUGGAAAGCGUGAAUCGAUCUCUUUUCGUCAGUGGUCCUAUUUUGACAUAAGCAGAAAUUCUAUGAAAUCUUUGUUGUAUUUACAAAUCUAUUUAUGUUGUGAGUGAUUAUUUUUGUCAUGUUUGCUGAAUAUCAGUAAAAAGACAUUUUCUAUACAGUUGCAUUUUUAUUCUUUAAACAUAAAACAAUAAAACCAGAAUGGAAUUACAAAAUAUACAUUUCAUAGUCAUCUGAUUAGAACCACUGACAUCAAAAGCGCAUUUUCCUGUGAAACAGACUGAGACAAACAGGUAUUUUUACAGCAAUUUGAUUUACUGUGAAAAAAUUGAAGUUUGUGUCAUCUGUAGGCAGAAGAUUUAUGAUAAACAAAACUGUUAUUGUAAUCAUCUUAUAUACAUAUAUAUAUAUGAUACCGCAUAUUCUAUAAGUGAAUGUAUCGAAAGAAUUGGUAGACGUGAUAGGAGCAAAAGGCGGAGUACACAGCGUGACAAAGUUGGAGAAAUGGCACGAUGAUGAGUGAAAGGGGGAGGAGAUUUAGUAAUGUCACCAUCCACCGACAGAGGACGCUAAUGUACGCGUAAAGUAUUAAAGAUGGCUGCCAAGAUGGGGAUAUCCCAACUCAAUUGGGAACAGAAAUCGCAUAACGAAGGAGUUUUCUUAUAUUGGAUACUUAAAAAGAAUUGGGAGAUGCUACUUACACUGACCACCUGGUGUUGUCUUAGUGAUAUGAUGGAGCACUCAAAGAUCAUUUGGAUUGACCUUAUGCUUAACAUAGAUCCUGUCAGUAUCACAGUUCGUAUGGAUGUUACCAGUUGGUGGUAUAUGUGAGUUUGGUGCUAAGAGGAGUUGAUAUUGCAGUCUUCAUUAUGACAGUACAUUCCUAAGUCAGAUUUUGGAGAUACUUAAUUCUGCACGAUGUCUUUUGGUCUAUUUGCUUGAUAAGGCUAUGGAAGUAGCCUCUCAAGGUUCUCUACCAAUUAUGGAAACUUCCUCCUAUGUAAGUCAUGAUACUUUAUGGUCUGACUUGGAUUUGUAUUUAGACGAUACAUUAUGACUGGUAUCCAAAAUCAUAAAUUAGCUAUCCUCAUGGAUAAGCUUCGUAACCGGGGGCCAUUACAGCGGUCUUGGAAUGAAAGUAUUAAAGCUAUCCGUGUAGCUAUGGCUGACAAACGUCACCAAUCAGAUGCAGUGGAUCGUCCCCAGUUACAGAGGUGGUUGGACACCUUACAGAAAGCAAUGAAAGUGCUUUCUCAGUUAAAUCUUGUGGAACAAUUGGAAGCGGUUGCCCGGCAAGUUGGAUUAAGUUUUACUCCACCCAGUGGACCCGAAUCACAGUUGUUUGUUGGUUCUGAUAUGUUUUAUAUCCAAGUAGCAAUGGACAAAACUGGCAUGGCUAAGGAUGUUAAGAUAGCUCACCAAGGAGAACCAAAAAGCUGUCAAGACCUUCAGGAAGUUCUCAGCCGAGGUGAUUUCAGUGAAUUUACUUCUCAUUUGGAAGGUUUAUGUCAAAUCUACAAUAUAUCUGGUGACAAGAAACAGAAAACCAAAACCUUUCUUGCGCUUCAGUCUUUGGAAUGUGAUUUAAGCAUGCUUGCACAACUACAGAGUAUCAUUGUGGGUGAUUCUAACAUUAUUUUUCGAUCUCCACUUGGUAUCCUGUUGCCACGUAAAGGUGGUCGCCCGAUGAAGCUUAUUUAUUUUGUUUCUCCAUAUGAUCUUCUUGAUCGUAAAACUAAAAUAAAACAUCCUCUCACAAUAGAUGCCAUCACAGAACAUCAGUUGGGACAAAGUGUCACAGUAUCAAUUGAACACAGUUCCCUGAAUCGCUUGCAAACAAUGCCUUUGAUGACAGUUGUGAAAAACCAAGAUGGUAAAAGCCUGCCAUCUUUCUCAGGAUUAAGCAACAUGAACAGUUGUAUGCUUCCAGCUUGCUUUGUACUGACUCUACGAACACCUCUCACUGUUCUGGCUUCAUUGUUGCAAAAGAUUGAAUCAAUAACAAAUAUGGAGGUUCCACGAAUAUCAGAAGGAAAGAAGCUGUUAUCAUUGUUGAUUGAGACCAUUUCAUGUCAACAAUUAUUUAACAAAAAGGAGCUUUAUGUUACUUUGCCUGAUCAGCAGCAUGUUUAUUUCUUGGGUGGUCAUCAAAGUGGUAUAGAAGAGGAGGGAGUUCUUAUAUCAAAGAUUCCUUUUACUCAUCCAACCAAUUUACCUAAAAUUUUGUCUUAUCUUCGUCAGCAAAUGCUAUUUAACACUGCUAUUACCAGUUGUAUCCGGCCUUCUGCCAAAAGAGAUCUUAAAAGUGCACUGGUAUUCGAGUUAUCUGCUUUGUCUUUGCAUCAAGUUAAUGUUUCAUUUGAACAUCCACUACAAGAUUCUAUGGUUACAGCCGAGUUUGAUAUGAGUGACAUCACCAAUCUGAAGUGCCGUGUCUGUACUGCUCUUGAUGGACAGUCAUUUUGUUCUGAUGAAUAUGCAUCUAAAGUAUUUCACCAAUGCAUGUCUAUCCCUGUGUCAUUGCGUGCAAUUCUUAACAAAGUUCUAGGACAGCUGAAAAAGACAAUUCCUGGGGUGAAUGACUCACAUAUGUUACAUAAUAUGAACUUCUAUUCCAAACACAUGAGUAGCUUUAUGUCAGUACAUCAUUCACGAGUUCAAUCUGUUUCAAAUGACUAUCGAUUUUCUCGAAAUCAUUUGAACUAUCCACAUCGUUAUGUAGCAGAAAAAUACAAAAAUAACUUGCCAUACCUUGAUCCUGCAAAGGCACCGCAAGAGCUGCUGGAUGACAUACGGGCAGAUAAAGUGGCUCAGAACCCCCUGCUAGCAACUCUCCUUGAUCAAGAUACAGCAGCUGCAUCUGAUGUUCAUAAUAGUCCAAUGUUGUCAAAAUUGCUUGAUGAUCAUACAACAGCCACUGCUUGCAUGACAAAUCCAACAAAAGUCCGAAAAGGUAAAAAGCGGAGAGCUGCAUCAGAAAUAAUUGGACGUAGUCCUAAACAAAAGCAUAUAGAAGAUAACGACAUGGUUGAAGAUGAUCAUCGGUCACUGAUCGAAAUUGAUUCAAGCAGCCCUAGUUUGUCCAGUGCACUAAGUAACAUCAGUAGCCCUCCUGAACAUACUUCAGGUUCUAUGGUUACUAUAGACUUAACUGGAAAUGGAUCCUUAAAUAGGGAUAAUGGAGCUAAAAGAUUUUCCAAUAACAACUCAAGUAGCUGCUUAAAUAACCUUUCAGAUAAAUGUUUCACAAAAUCACAAAAUAUGAAAGGAGAGAUGGUGUCAAUCAUGUUAGAAGAUAUUAAACCUGAUGUGAUAAUUAAGAAAGAAUCAGAAAAAAGUAACUGUUGUCAUAAUCUGAACAGUAUGACAAAAAAUGGUGUGUCUUCUCUGGAAGAUCUCUUUAGUGAUUCAGGCCAACCAAUCAACCCUGAUGAAUUUACAAAUAAAGCACAAAUGUCUUCAAAUGAUUUUUUAGAAAAUGGCACCCUGUCACGAACUAACUGUGAAUUGCAAACUUCUACAUAUAGUGGAGAAACAUUGGAUUUUGGGAAUGAUCUCUUAAACCCUGUUAGUGUAUAUCCUGUUAAUGAUGAUGAAGACAUUUGCCUUGAAAAAUGUGAUAAAAUAGCUUUUGGAACUGAAAUUAAUAAUUUUGUUCUGGGAAAAUCCAGUUUAUUGAGUAACUCUUCUAGCAGUAAUCUAGAAAAAAGUGGUCCUGGAAAUUCUCGGCCAAUUCCUAUUCUAGAGAAACUUGGUGAGGAUGUAAAAGGAGAAAGGGACCUUAUAAAACACAAGAAUUCCAUAGAAAGUGAAGCAAAAGUUUUGACUUCAAAAGAGGAAAGCAAAUUAGAUUGUUCUAACAAUGUAAUGAAAAUACGCUUAUGCACUCAUGAGCCGAAGAAAUCAGAAAACUGGAAUUUGGUGCAAGACCUCGAAGUAUCAAAUCCAGCAAAGGGAAAAGAGAGUUUUGAACUUAGGUGCAAUGUUGAAUCCAAAGAUUUUCCAAAUGAUAGUUUUAAUCGAACUCUUAAGAAUAACUCACCUCUCCAUAAACAUAGUGUUAAUGUGCGGAACAAAGAAUAUCACAAUAGUGAUGCUAAAAGUGAUAAAUCAAAAAAGAAAGAGUCAAAGCACAAUAGUGCAAAUAAUGAUAUUUCUGGAAAAAGGCGGAAAGAAGAGAGUAAAAAGGAAAGGAAGAAGCGCAAACAAGAAAAGAACGACGAUUACUCGGAGAUAGUACAGGGGGCUGUCUAUCGAUCUACACAAGUUGAAUCGUCUUCUGACUCGAAGCCUAUGCCGAAGUUAAAAAUCACUAAAAGCUUCUUAAAAUUAUCUGUAGACAAGAAAGCAUCAAAUUUGACUGAUUCUUCAAAACGUUCAUUAGUUUCAAUCAAUGAAAAAGUUUCUUCAAAGUAUGAUUCUUCUACUUCUGAAAAGUGCUCAAGAUAUGAGCAAAUGGAUAAAUUGACUGGCUCGUAUUCUACUAGUCAUUGUAGUAAUUCAAGCAACAACAAAGAGUCGGAGAAGUGUCCCAAGCCUCACCGUGCCCCUCGCUCCUUAGCUUCAUCAUCACACAGCUCACAGAAUAUAACCGUCAACAAAGCAGAUUCUAAGCUUAUGACAAAAACACCUACAGUUAAAUUAAAACCUUUAGUAAUGCCAGUUACAUCAGGUUCAUCUGUAAAUGUGAGCUCAGUUCGGACACCUUCAGUGUAUUCUAAUGCUACUCCCUCAGGUAACAAAACAACUACAACCACUGUAGCUACCAGUACAAUAUUAUCAACAUCAGCUGUUUCUUCACUCUCUUCUACAUCUCCAAUUACACCUAGUGCCACACUGACUAGCCGUUCAUUAACAUCGAAAAUGACGGCCUCUUCAAUUGUCACCCAAAGUAGUGUAAACAAUACUUUGGCAAACAGCCCACACACAGAAAAUAGUAAUAGCAGUAAUGUGUCUAUAUGUGCAACUACAGCUAGUAGUAUUGGAAGUAUUUCAAGCAGUUGUAGUAAUUUCACAAACAAUAGUAAUAAUAACCUAAAUGUCUCCAGUUGCUGUAGUGUAAGCAGCAAUAAUAGUGGGAAUAGUACUUCCAAAGAAAUAAGCAAUGCCAAAAACAUUUCUAUUACUACUACCAGUACGACUACUACUCCUAUUACUACUAGUACUACUACUACUACUACUAUUACUACUACUACUUCUUCUACUACCACUACUACUUCGAUUACAACUUCUAUUACUACGACAAAUGCUGCUGCCCUUGGUACUAGCAGUACCAGCACCAGUAGUAGUGAUAAUAAUUGUAGCAGCAGCAGCAGCAGCACCAGCUGCAGUAACCCCACUAUUAAUAAUGUGAACACAAGUACUUGCCUCAACAAGACUAAAGCUGCUAUCAGGUCUCGUAAAGGUUCAUUAUCAGCUGUGAUUGAUAAACUCACCAAGACAAGCACAACUAAUGUUCAUGUUAGUAGUGCUAACGAUGGAGAUAUUUCUGCCAGAUCAAACCCUAAAGAAGUUACGCCAACAGACGGGGAUGAUGAUGAUGAUGACGACGACGAUGACGAUGAUGAUGAUGAAUCAUUUUCUGAAAAAUUUGCAUCUAAGGCCAUCACUACAAUGACUUUAGUCGGUACAUCAUCAAAAGAACCACUCAAUAGUAAGAUAAUUAACAAGGAAGUUCCAAUGUUAUCGGAGAGCCGACAUGAAUCAAUUGAAAAGAAAGAAUUACGUUGCACUUCGAAACGAGACUGCCAUUUAUCAGUGAAAAGUGAUCAUUUAAGCAAAAGCACGGGCAGCAGUUGUAAUAGCAGUAGUAGUUCUGGUGGUGGGGAUGGUGGUGGUUACAGUAACAGCAGUAGUAGAACUAGUAGUAUUAAUAGUAAUAAUAGUUGUAGUAAUAGCAGUAGUAGUAGUAGUAAUAGUAGUAGUAGUAGUAGUAGUAACAGCAACAAUAAUAAUAAUAAGCAGCAGCUGUCAAACAAAUCACAUAAAGAUUCUCGGUCAGCAACGUCUUCCACAUCUAAAACACUUUCAAGAGAAAAUGGAUGUUACUCUGAGGACAUACUUGAGUUAUCUAGUCCUAGCCAAAGUCAAUCUCCAUUUUUGAAUGAAACAAUGAAGCUUGUUCAAAAGAAAGGUGUGGAAGACCAAUGCCUUGAAUCACCUCAAAAAUCAAAUGAAAACAGUAAGGAAACCCCAAAUGUUCAUUCUAAAUUAUCAAGUGACUGGGAUUGCUCCCAAGAGUCAUCAAGAUCUUCAGAGAAUCUUGAAGUUGAAAACAAAGGUAGGUAUAUUUCAGAAAACAGCUCAAAACCUUGGAAUAGGUUAGAUUCAGUUGUAGAGGAGCCAGGGUGGUGUUCAAAUAAACAUUUAAAUACUGCUAAUGCAAAUAUAAAACAGUCUUCUUCUGACAAAACAUGUUUUGAUAAUUCCAAUAGCAGUGGAGAACGUGACAUUUUAGACAGAGUAUUGAAUAACUGCCGAGAUUUAGACAGCAGUAAUGCUCCCUUACGGACUGACUCAGGGACCAAAGUCCAUACUUCCAUCCGGAGAAUUAAGGGACAUUUACAAGAUGCUAAGUUUAAUGGUGAAAAUGAAUUUUCUAAAAUAUACGAAUCACACGUCCAUUCAGCGUUACGAAAAGAUGAGGAAAUUUCCUCGGGAGACUUUGAAAAACAAAAGGAUUUUACAGGCAGUCAAGAUGAAACAUUAGUGCAAAAAAAAACCCUUUCUUCACUAAACCCAGUUAGCCCUGGCAGUGAUGCCAGCAGUCCUGAAAAUGGACUUAUUAUUGACUAUGCAUCAUCGCCUAAGAAUUCCCAACUGCAGCAUCAAGUGGUUGUAGCUCAACAUCAAAAACACCCCCAAAUACCAGCGAUGUCAUCAUCAAAGGUUGAUAUUUUCAAAUCUCACGAUAGUAAACAUAAAUUUUCUAGUAGGUCUCCUACACCAUCACCAAGACAGAAAAAUCCCCUUCCUCUUUCACCUUCAGGUGUGCGUGAAAUAAGUUUACAUUCAAACUCCACUUCAGUUUCCUCCAGUCCUAUUGAUAAUGAUCUUAUGGAUGAAGCAUUAAUGAUAACCUACUAGUAAUUCUAUAAAAUUUUUCUUUAUUAACAUAAAUAUAUGCUGGUGUGAUGUUUAAUAAAUAUUACACCUCCAUAUCUUCAUGUAUUUAUAACACAUAUACAGACACAUUAAUAUAUAUCAACUGUUUUUGUCUAAACACGUAUUCAAAUUUUAGUGUGUGUAUCACUGGAUGUUAAUGCAUUUAACUAUGUCUAUUUUCAUAUGUUACUUAAAUAGUUCUACAUAUGUUUAUUGAUAUGUAUGCAUUGAUCCUGACUUAUUUGUCUGUGUGGUUGUGUCUGUCUGUGACUUAUUUGGAGAUUUUGUGGGAAGGGAGAAAACUGCUGCCACUUACAUUCUACUUGUAAAUUAUAACUUCUCUUAUCACUCCCCAAAUUUCUGUGGAGUUAAACUGGGUUAAUUUCUGAGAAACUUCAAUCCAGCAUAUAUAGUUGAUGUUUGAAUAUCAAUAAAUAUGAUUAAAUUGUUGUUAACAGUAUUGACAAGAAUUUCUUAACUAAUUGAUUGGUGUUUAAAGUGAUUGUCAGAAUACUAACAGCAGUUGAUUAGUUGUAUAUUUGAUUGAAUGUCAGUGUCAGCAGCACUCUCCAAGUUAGGCAGUUUGUGUUUAAAUGAUUAUAACAGUGUUAAGGAUGGUUUUUCCAUUUUCCUGUUAAUAACACCCCUCCUCUUCACUCUUAUAUUUAAUUAGCUUUGUCAAAAAACUUACUUUAUAUUUCUCUCUUCUAUUGUUACUGUUAUUUUUAAGCGCCCUCAAAAUGGUUGUUGAAAAACAUGUAAACACUCAUGAGCUGUUAGUCUGUCUUAUUUCUUCAGUUUUAGAAAUGUUACAUAGAUACUUUGCAUUUUGUUUCUUUGAAAACAAUCUUCAUUUAAAUUAUUCCUUUUCAUUCCAUUAUUAAUGGGGUUUUUUAAGUAAGUAGUUGCCUUUUUUGCUAACCCUAAACAAUCUGGGUUAACUGUACAAAUAUUAUACUUAGGAAUUUAAUUUCACUUAAUACCUUCAAAUUCUGAUUGUUUCCCAGCCAGCAAGGAGCUUUCGUGUGAUUGCUCAACUUGUUAGAAAUAUCAGACAAAUUGCAUCCUACUUAAUUAUGGAAAGAUAAUGUAACGUUUACAUACCUCUAAAAUGACUUGGAUGGUCAUUUUUUUUUUUCUAUAUCUGGCUUUUCAUUAAUAUUGCCAGUGUUGGUCACUUUAAUUGUAACUUGAAAACAUAGUAAAUAAUACUUCUGGUAAAACAGCCUGCAUACAAGAAAUAGUAGUGUCAGUAAUAUGUUUUUGAACUGCUAAAUCAAAGCUGAUUUAGCUUUAAAAAAAACUCCUGAUACUCUACAGAUAGCAUUGUGUAUGAUUUCUAUAUCAUCUCAUGGCUAGUUAGUUCAGAUGGGUCCCUAUUUUAAAAGUGUGAAGUUCUUUAGUUCAUUUAGUGAUCAGAUUGAAAGUCAGGCUGUAACACUGUAUACAUCUUUACUGAUUCACCCCAUUGUGAUAUUAACAUUGUUUUUAAAUAAAUUGCUAGCUCAAGAAAUAUGAAAAGGAUUUUACUCAUUAAAACAUUAUAAAUCAAAUAUUUUUUAGUUGUAAAAUGUCUUACCAGAGCUGUUCCUUUUUAGCUAUUAAAAUUAGGGAUUUUAUAAUUUGAACUAAAUUUAGAUUAUUGCAAUUUUUUCAAUCAGUUGUCAUGAAAAUAUUCUUUGUAAAAUCUUUCCAAAAUGGUAGUUUUAUAUGAGUGUACUUAAGUGCACACAUACAUUCUGAUGCAUAAAUUUGUUAUUUAUUCCUAUUAAUCUUUCUUAUAACUUUAUUAUUAUUAUUGUAAUGGAAAGUAUUAGAAUCUAUUCUUUUUUACUUCUGUAAACUUUCUGAGAUAGACUACAGCUAAUCAGUUGGAUAUUUUUUAUUUUUCUGUAAUUUGUUCCUCACCCUGUGAAUGCCAUAUUUACUUCUGUUGCAUCAUUUACACUCUAACUGCAUCCUUACAGAAUUAUAAAUGAAUUUCUUUUCUAUAUUGCUGGUGAUAAUGUACAUUUGUAUGUCUAUACUGAAACAUCGGUAUGAAAUUUAAAGAUUUAUCAAAGCUAAGAAAUAUUAAUAUUGACAUGGAAAAGCAUGCAAUUUUUUCUAAAUAUAAAAUGAAAAAGACAAAUUUUGAAAAGAAUAUGUUUGUGAUAUAACAUUUACAGUGAAGAAUUUGGCAGAACUAAAUCUGACCACAUUUCUUCUACCUUAAAAUGUCGUGAUAUAAUGAAUGAAAGGAAAAAAAUAUAAAUAUUAAGUUGUUUUUUUUUUUUCUUCCUUUUGGUGGUGGGAUAUGUGUGUAUAUGUAUGUGUGUGUGCUUGUGUGUGUGUUUUUAUAGAUUUGAGUAUUAUUACAGAGAUUCUAUUGGCAAACUUAUUGAUAUUACCAGGUUGUGGGUGGUUAGAAUAGCCAUUUUUGUUAUUUUUUGCAUUAUUCUCUUGUUCUUAUUUUUGUUCAGUAACUUUAACCAAUUUUGGCUAACUAAUUUUUUAACUUAAUGAUCAUGUUCAAAAUAUAUUUCAUCUCUUGCAAUCAAUUAAUGACAGCUACUGUAACAUUGAACAUUUACAAAAUAACUAUUUAAAGUUAGAUUUUAUAAUCAUUAUAAUUGAGUUAAAUUUAGUAAUUUCUCUCUCUAUCUCUCUCUUCUCUUUCUUCCUCUCCCCACCCCCAAAGCUUGGCUAUGAAGUUAAAGUAAAAAAAAAAAAAUUUUGAACUUUUUUAAAUGCAAUGUUUUUAUUUUAAUCCUGUGAUGCCAACAGCAGAGUAUGGUACUGUUGUGAAAAAAAUUUAUAUAUUUUUCUUUCUGUCUGAUAAAAAUCCUUUUAAACACAUUCUCAAUCAACGGAAAGGAUUAAGUAUUGAGUACUCUCUCAAUCUUUUCCCUUCCAUUCUCCUCCUCUGGGAACAGAAUUUCACAAGUUGCUGCAGAUUUUAUUUGAGACAAUUUAAAUUAACUUUGGAUUAUUAUUUAUUGUUUAAACAAUAAAAUAAUUAGGUUAAAAUAUGAUUACAUUUUAUUGCAGAUAUAUCUUUAGAUUAACCACUUUCAACUCUGAAACUUAGAAAUUCUUGUUUUUCACCUAUUUUCCUGUUAUUUGUAUAUAGUCUGUGUUGCUGUUAUUUAUUAUUUAUUUAUUUAUUUGAAACAGCUAGAAUUUUAAUUGCUUCUACAGGUAAAUGCUGCUGGAAUGCAAUUGCAAAUUUUAAGAAAUAGUUAUUUCAUUGCUGAGAAUUUUAUUUCUGUCAACUUAUAUUUCAUUUUUGUUUGCUGAUAAAGAUUCCUUUUUUUUUUGAAACCUCAAAUUAACCCUCUUUCAUCUUGUCCAUAUUUUCAAGCCAUUUGAAGUUAUGCUUCUUUGUUCAUUGUCUUCAAUGGAAAAGUCAUUUUUAUAUCAAAAAUUUUAACAUACAAAUCCAAUUAUUAAACUGAAGAGCUUUUUUUUAAAAAUUUAUCAACCUUAUUUUAAUUUUUUCUACACUUUCAAGCAAAAUGCAGUCAUGUUUCAUUUGUAGAGUAUUAAUAAUUUGACUGCUUUGAGCUGUUCAAAUUUAAUCUUAGAUAAAACAGUUUCAUUCUUUAUCAGAUUCUACAAAAGUUUCAAACUUAGGUUUUUUUUACAAAUUUAGUUAUUUCUUUUCUGUAUGCUUUUCCAAUUUUCAGAAAUAUGUGAUAACCUGAAUAUUUGAUUCCCGUUUAGCUUUUUAAUGCUUCAUGCAUUAAAUAUGUUAAUUAUCAACUUAUGUAAUAUAUGAAUGCAAGUUGAAUCACUUUAGUUUGACUACUUUUGAGUUUUCCUGAUCCUUUACAGAUAUUUCUAUCAAACUUCAAAGGUUGCUGAUAAAAGGAAAUAUGUAAAAGAAACCAAUGAGGCAUUUGUUUUGUCUAUUAUUAAGUUCAUCCAGCACACAUAUCAAAUAAAUUUGAUUUUUUUUUUCUUUUCUUUGACUUUAGUUACCAAUUUAUGUUCUAGAUUGAAAUUCUUACCCUUAUCAAUAAAUCGAAAUUGUUCAGAAAGAGGAAGAAAUAGGAUUGAGAUGAUGCAAAAGUAACUCAACCUCAAAAAACUGCAGUGAUUGUAAUAGUAUUGCUGUUAGUAGUUAUCCAUAUUCUGCUGGGAAUUUUUCUUCUUAUCAUGAAUACAACUCUACUAUAAAUACUAUUACUGCAACUACUACUACCACUCCUCCUCCUACUACUACUAUCACCACCACCACUACUACUACUACAACUACUACUAUUACAACUACUUGGUAUAUAUCAGAUGUAAUAUUGUUGAAACUGUUUAUCAAUGUUUUUCUCUGUGCUAGAUGAUUGGUUUAUUGAGUGAUUGAUUAAAUUUACCAAUAACCUAUGUCUAACUCAAAUUAAAUUAUUGUACAGUUCCCUUGUACAGCUUUGUCCUUGUCCUGUACAGCAUAUAAAAAUCUUACAAACA